GCAUCUUUUUUUGUUCGGUGUUAUUUUAGCAGGGUUAUCAGGAUAUUAUCUUCUACUUGUAAACGGUUUUCCAAAGCUGUGUUCAGAUCAAAUGCCAGAAAAACAUUUCGCUGAGUUGGGAUCCGCAAAGACAAUCAACUUGUGUGUUAGAGCUGAAGAUGAUGCGCCUUUAAUUUUCGUGACACAUUCUUCAGGACGUAUCAGCUAUAAAACUAGAAAAGUUGCUACAUAUGUACAUGACGUCAUUGUUACCAUAGAGAACAUCACAGAAACAGAAUUUACCCAACAUACUAUCUACAUUGUAAACAGGGUUAAUCAGCUAGAAACUAAACUUACCCUGUAUAAAAAAACCCCACCAGAGCUUUGUGGAAAUACAUCAUCACCACUUAUAUACCCCGUUGAAAUAGGAACAACAAGAGUUAUACCUCUAUGUAUUACAUCCGAAGAUAUUUUGUCUUGUACCGUUACUGAAAGUAACGAGGAAAUUACAGACAAAGUCAGAUGUACUAUAGAAAACAAAACAUUAACCAAUCAGACAUUGACUCUCACAUUUACCAACAUUACAACGAGCGAUCUUACUAACUACACAGUUCGGGUCACAGGAAAUCAAACGUCGUUUACAGAUUUGACCGUCAUUCUAAAAGACACUACAAUUGUUGUUGCAAGGGAUAAUUCAAACAAGACCACACCAUUUAACACACCUUUAUCAACGACACUCGGAAUUUUACUACCAGUAGUAUUUCUCCUACCUGCAGUAGCUCUAUUAGCCUGCAUUGUAUACAGACGUACAGGUCGCAUUAAGCAAAUGCUACAAGCCACAUUGUGUAAGUCAAAACUUGACGUCAGCUUUAACAAUUGCGGUACGGAAGAUCAGGGAGAGGGUCGUUUUAUCUCCAAUGGUCUGACCUACGUGACUAUAGAACCUAGCAAAUCAACUCAUCCCAAGCACAAGACGAGGAGAAAACCCAAGACAGAAAAGGUCGUCUAUGCUACGUUAGACUUCUCUAAGAGCUCUAGAUAGUCGCACCGUCGCUUGCAAUGAUCUAGUCAGCUUGUUAUAGAAUACCAUCCAUGACACAAUGAAGUACCGACUACCGACACACUGCAGUUAUAUUUUCUAUCACUUUUAAAGCAACUAUUUUCGAGUAGCUGCAUUAAUAGAAUGAUCUUACAAUCAUAAGAUAUCCUGAGGUCAUAAUGUAAUAAUUUAUAUAAGCAUUUUUUCUACCCAGUCUCAUUUAUAAAUGUUUUGUUCUUCAGCCAGCAAUGGCUCUGUUAAAAAUGUAGUG